UGCUGUUUCUCCUUCUGCCCCGGGCUGCAGUCUUCCAGACUGGCAUGGUGGGUUACCCCGAAGCCUUGACAGACCCUUCCUACAAAUCCCAGAUCCUGGUGCUGACCUACCCUCUGAUUGGGAACUAUGGUGUCCCACGGGAUGAGCCUGACCAGUACGGCCUCAGCAGGUGGUUCGAGUCCAGCAAGAUCCACGUGUCGGCGCUGAUCGUGGGCGAGUGCUCGCAGAUCCCCAGCCACUGGAGCGCCGUGCGCUCGCUGGACCAGUGGCUGAAGGAGCAGAACAUU